AUGCAAAAAGUAGAGGAAAAAGGGGACCGAUUGCCUGCUGAUGAUAAUCUUGAUUUGGCAAAUGAGGUACUUGAAGCUAUGUAUAUCUCGGAAAAAGAUGACGAGAUGGUAAUGGAGGGGAUGGAGGCUCAGGCAGAACAGAAGGAGACGCCUAAUGAAGAUGAUGGUUUUGAAAAUCUCACGGAUCCUGAAGAUGAUGUGGAAAAUACUGGAAAUGAGGUUGCUGUUGGGUCAGGGAAGGUAGACGCGACGGCAGAGGUGAAGGAAGAUGGAGAAUUUGUGCAAGACAAGAUUGACGGAGAAGAGGGGAAGAAACAUGGACUUAAGAAGAAACCAUUCAAAGCUGGAACAGUUGGUGCAGGUGGUACUAAAAUGAGGAUGGUCCAGGCUAUUAUUGCUCACGGUAAGCGUCCCUCUACAAAGGCAGCAACAAAGCAGGAGGAUGGCAGCAAGAAGGUGAAUGAGAAGGGUUCCUUAAACCCUAAGGCAAGUACUUCCAAGGAUUAG